GAGCUCAUCUUCCUUGAUCACCCGAGCUCACGUGGUUGUUGCCUCCUAGCGUCUACCCGACGAUACCAACUACCACAACUCUUCUCCACCCUCCCACUAGCAUCAUGAAGUGCGCCACUGCAUUUGCCCUCAUGGUGGCUUCGGCCAACGCAUUCGUACCGAGCGCACCCCUCCCCACGGUCACGUCCCGCGCAUCGUCAUCGAGCCUCCAAAUGAUUGGUGGGUUUGGUGGAAGGAAGAAGGCGGCGCAGGCCCCCCCCGCGCGGGCGGUGUCCACCAACGCCGUGGAUGGCCUCGUGGGCGCCGACAUCGAGACCGGCGGCCCCUUCGACCCCCUGGGCUUCGGCAAGAACUGCCCCCCGGAGCAGAUGCAGUGGUACCGCGCCGCGGAGCUCAAGCACGGACGCAUCUGCAUGCUCGCCGCAUUCGGGCAGAUCACCCAGCACUUCACACACUGGAACGACCCCUCGGGAAUCUUCGACAAGAGCGGGUCCGCAUGGGGAGCGAUGCAGCAGGUGUACGAGCAGCGCCCGUUGGCCUUCGUCCAGAUCUUCCUGGCCAUCUUCGCCGUUGAGGUGUACGGCAACAGGAAGCAGGAGGAGAACGAAGCGGGCGGCGACCUGGGCUUCGACCCCCUCGGGCUCAAGCCCUCGAACCCCGAGUCGUGGGAGCGGGUGCAGCUGAGGGAGCUUAAGAACGGCCGCCUGGCCAUGUUCGCCAUCCUUGGCAUGAUCGUGCAGGAGCACAUCACGGGCGUGGGUGUCUUGGAGAAGGUCGACGCCCUCGCCGGCUUGGCUUAAGUUUUUUGCUUGCUCGACGACGAGAUACGAUGAUGAAGUUAUUUUAUUUGUUCCCUCCGUCUCUUUAGGUUGCGGUGUCGUCGAUUUGAAGGGAUGUAACACAUGCAGCAGCAGGUAUAGCCAGCCAUGUUGGAUCCCUCCCAGCUCUCAAACUUGUUUUGAGUAGUUUGCGAGGGUAAGAAUGCAUGUGUAGAGGCAUGGGGAUGGAUUGGAUGAUGAUUUCCUUGCUUUGCUGUCAGCGCACACAGACGUGCAAACGUUUCGAAGGCCUGGUGUGGGGCAGAGACACGCACGAUCGUUCGUGGGUGUUUUUUUAGAUUUGCUUUUUUGAAGAACCUCCUGGUCUUUUGCCUUGCCUCGUUUUUGUGUGGUGCUUCUGCCGUAGUUAGCGGCGUUUGAUUUUGCGUCCGGAGAAAGUGAUUUAGAGGAAGCUCGACCUUCACACAAAGAAAAAAGUUGUUAGACGCCAAAGUUGGUUGUGCGUUGUUGGUCUCUCACUGGUGGGACAAUUGCAACCCCAAGGUUUUGCACUGCGUUUAAGGGUGGCGUGUUUGGCAUGUCAAUGCGUUACCCACCCACCCAACCCCCCCGCUCGUGCGGGCAUUCACCUUUAUCGGUUGUCCCGUGUGUCGGACAUGGCGUGAACGCUGCCCCGCGUUGCAUGCCUUCGUUGGCUUGACUCUUGACUCGAUCAAAAUGGAGCACCGGCAUGUGUGUGAGGGGAGAUGAGGCAGAAACGCCUGCCAGUCCAUUGUGACGUCUCUCGUUAUUUUCCCGGUCGGUGUUUUGCAGAUGCUCUGGCGUGUUGCAAGUUUCGGGGUUAUGCAAGUGGUGUUUGGCCGCGAGCGAUUCAGUGUUUUGGCAGCUCUCGCUCUCGGGGCUUUCGCCCUUUUUAAAACGGUGUUGCUUCCUGAUUGGUGCCCUUCGAUGUUACUUUGGUAGAGAACGUCUGCUGUGCGUUUUUUCAGUGUCUCGAAUGCGGCUGCCCUAUUCAACACCUUGGAUGUACGGUAACCACGAAACUCUU